CUUCUUUCUCAUGAGUCACAUACCUAUACAUAUACACACUCUCUCUCACCUAUAUAUCACCCAUAAUUAUUCUCUCUCUGUUAAUCGCCUUCUCGCUGAGCACACAGAUUUACAUUCCUGAUACCAAAUCCUAACCCUAACCCUAACCCCAUACUCGAACCCAUUCACUCCAGUCCCUAAACCCUAACCCUAACCGUAACCCUUCACUUUUCCUAUGGAUUCUCAGGGGAACAACCUCUACGAGACGGCAUCGCAGCCCGACACCGGCACUGACGCUUACACCUUCCUCGAAUUCCACACCCAGGGCGAGGACUUCGACUACCCUGAAUUCCAAGAGCUCUCUCAGCCAAUUCGCUCCUCAGUUGUCUGGCCCACGCCCUCCGAUUCCAUCUCCGACGCCGCCGAUCGCGCUGACAGAGCCUCCUCCGAUGCUUCCCCGGUCUCCGCCACCUCAGGCGGCGGCGCCAAAGGGAGGGGCGGCGGCGGUGGUGGAGGGAGUAAUCAGGCUGCGGUUGAUGCUCUUGCUGCGGGAAUGAGUGGUUUGAACUUUGAAGAGACUGUGGAUGAUGAGAGUUACGAGUAUAGUAAAGGGGAUUUUACGGAACAUGCUUGUAGGUACUGUGGGGUGGCUAACCCGGCUUGUGUUGUGAGGUGUAAUGUGCCGUCGUGUCGCAAAUGGUUCUGUAAUUCACGCGGGAAUACUUCGGGCUCGCAUAUUGUUAAUCAUCUGGUUCGAGCUAAACACAAGGAAGUUUGUCUUCAUAAAGAUAGUCCCCUGGGAGAAACAAUCCUUGAAUGUUACAAUUGUGGUUGCCGAAAUGUUUUCCUUCUUGGAUUCAUCUCUGCCAAGACAGAGAGUGUUGUCGUUCUUUUGUGCAGGGAGCCUUGUCUCAGUGUCAAUGCAUUGAAGGAUAUGAAUUGGGACCUGAGUCAGUGGUGUCCCCUUAUUGAUGAUAGAUGUUUUUUGCAGUGGCUGGUUAAGGUCCCAUCUGAACAGGAGCAGUUGAGGGCACGCCAAAUCAGUGCUCAGCAAAUAAAUAAAGUUGAAGAACUUUGGAAGACCAAUCCGGAUGCUACCCUGGAAGAUCUUGAGAAGCCUGGUGUGGAUGAUGAACCUCAACCCGUUGCCUUGAAGUACGAAGAUGCAUAUCAGUAUCAGAAUGUUUUCGCCCCGCUUAUCAAGCUUGAAGCUGACUACGAUAAAAUGAUGAAAGAAUCUCAAAGCAAAGACAAUGUCACGAUACGGUGGGAUGUUGGUCUCAACAAGAAGCGCAUUGCAUAUUUUGUUUUUCCAAAGGAAGAUAAUGAGUUGCGUCUUGUACCUGGUGAUGAGUUGCGGCUACGCUAUUCAGGAGAUGCAGCUCAUGCGGCUUGGCAGUCAGUAGGGCAUGUGAUAAAACUAACUGCACAAGAGGAGGUGGCUCUUGAGCUUCGUGCCAGUCAGGGAGUUCCUGUUGAUGUCAACCAUGGUUUUAGUGUGGAUUUUGUGUGGAAGAGCACAAGUUUUGAUCGGAUGCAGGGGGCAAUGAAAAAUUUUGCAGUGGAUGAAACAAGUGUUAGUGGGUACAUUUAUCAUCACUUGUUGGGCCAUGAAGUUGAGGUUCAGAUGGUCCGUAAUACAUUGCCUCGUCGUUUUGGUGCGCCUGGCCUACCAGAGCUUAAUGCAUCUCAAGUUUUUGCUGUAAAAAGCGUCCUUCAGAAGCCAAUAAGUUUAAUUCAAGGUCCACCUGGCACAGGGAAAACUGUGACUUCUGCAGCAAUUGUAUAUCAUAUGGCCAAACAAGGCCAGGGCCAGGUUUUGGUUUGUGCUCCAAGUAAUGUGGCCGUUGACCAGCUAGCUGAAAAGAUCAGUGCAACAGGAUUGAAGGUUGUUAGGCUCUGUGCAAAAUCAAGGGAAGCUGUAAGUUCUCCUGUGGAGCAUUUAACUCUUCACUAUCAGGUUCGGCAUCUUGACACAUCUGAGAAGAGUGAACUUCACAAGUUACAGCAACUGAAAGAUGAACAAGGAGAAUUAUCCAGCAGUGAUGAGAAGAAAUAUAAAGCUCUGAAGCGAGCAACAGAGAGGGAGAUAUCUCAGAGUGCUGAUGUCAUUUGUUGCACAUGUGUAGGUGCUGGCGAUCCUCGAUUGGCUAAUUUUAGAUUUCGCCAGGUCCUUAUUGAUGAAUCUACUCAAGCAACUGAGCCUGAGUGUCUUAUUCCCUUGGUUCUUGGCGUGAAGCAGGUUGUUCUCGUUGGUGACCAUUGUCAGCUUGGUCCAGUCAUAAUGUGCAAGAAAGCAGCUCGUGCUGGGUUAGCCCAGUCUCUAUUUGAACGCCUUGUGCUACUUGGUGUGAAACCAAUUAGAUUGCAGGUUCAAUAUCGUAUGCACCCAGCCCUAUCAGAAUUCCCUUCUAACAGCUUUUACGAAGGUACACUUCAAAAUGGGGUGACCAUUAACGAAAGGCAAUCAACAGGCAUUGAUUUUCCUUGGCCUGUGCCAAAUCGUCCAAUGUUCUUUUAUGUUCAGAUGGGACAAGAGGAGAUAAGUGCUAGUGGAACAUCCUAUCUAAACCGAACAGAGGCUGCAAAUGUUGAAAAAAUAGUGACUACAUUUUUAAGGAGUGGUGUGGUUCCUAGUCAGAUUGGGGUUAUAACACCAUAUGAGGGACAACGAGCAUAUAUUGUGAACUAUAUGUCAAGAAAUGGUGCUCUCAGACAACAACUUUACAAGGAAAUAGAGGUUGCUAGUGUAGAUUCAUUCCAAGGAAGGGAGAAAGAUUACAUUAUUUUGUCCUGUGUAAGAAGUAAUGAACAUCAGGGCAUUGGAUUCCUUAAUGAUCCACGGAGGCUUAAUGUUGCACUUACUCGUGCCCGUUAUGGUAUUGUCAUCUUGGGGAACCCUAAAGUUCUAAGCAAACAGCCGCUGUGGAAUGGUUUAUUGAUGCACUACAAGGAGCACGAAUGCUUGGUGGAAGGGCCUCUGAAUAACUUAAAGCAGAGUAUGGUUCAAUUUCAAAAGCCCAAAAAGAUUUACAACGACCGCAGACUUUUCUUCAGUGGCGGACCUGGAAUCGUGCCUGAUAAUUUUGGCUCUGUUGCCUCGUCAAGUCCAAAUUCUGAUCGGAGAAACAGCCGUUCGAGGGGUUCUUAUAUGCCAUCUGGUGCACCCAAUGGUACCCAUAAGCCUGGGGUACAUCCUGCUGGUUAUCCGAUGCCUCGGGUUCCUCUUCCACCAUAUCACGGGGCCCACCCUUCGCAACCAUAUGCUAUUCCAACUCGCGGAGCUGUUCAUGGACCUGUUGGAGCUGUUCCUCAUGUUCCUCAACCUGGAAACCGUGGUUUUGGGGCUGGUCGUGGCAGUGCUGGUGCUCCUAUUGGCAGUCAUCUUCCACACCAGCAAGGCUCCCAGCAACCUAUUGGAACUCUUGGAUCCACUUACAACUUUCCUCCUCUGGAGAAUCCAAACAGCCAGCCAUCUGUUGGUGGACCGUUAUCUCAACCUGGAUUUGUUUCUAAUAUGACAGUUCAAGGACCAAGCCAAACAUUUCGUGAUGGUUUCUCUAUGGCGGGCAUGUCUCAGGAUUUCUUGGGUGACGAUUUCAAAAGCCAGGGAUCACAUGUUCCAUAUAAUGUUGCCGAAUUCUCCACACAGGCUUCACAGAGUGGGUAUGCUGUUGAUUAUGUUACACAAGGAGCGCAGGCUGGGUUCCCAGGAAGCUUUCUAAACCAGAAUUCUCAGGCUGGAUAUUCUCGCUUUGGUUCAGGAAAUGAUUUCAUGUCUCAGGAUUACAUGGCUCAUGGGUCCCAGGGUCUGUUUACACAAGUUGGAUUCAAUGACCCAUCCCAAGACGAUGCUUCCCAGAGCCACUUCGGUGUGGCCAAUGCCAACUCAAUUCAGUCUCAGGGUUUGAUGAGUCCUCUCUACUCCCAGCCCUUUGCCCACUACAAUACACAGCCAAUAAACUUGCAAGCUACACAACAGCAGCAGCAGCAGCCGCAGCAGGGCCAGAGCUCCCAAAAUCAGAAACUUCACUACAACGGUUGAGUGGUCAUCGGACUUGUAUCCAUGACGGUUUGUAGUCUUUGCAUCCAGCAACUUGAUUUGUGCCGUUCACUUGUGCCCAUUAUUUUGCCUUGAGAUACUAAGAGGGUUUGCCAAUAAUUGAAAGCCUAUGCAGUGUGUUAAUGACCUGAAAUUUAAAAGAUGAUUCUGAAUGAUAUUGGAAUCAGAUAGUUUUGAGUUUGGCAAGAAAGGCUUAUGGGACUUGAGGCAGACGCUGGUGGCACAUCUAGAGCUGAGAAAAAGGAAAGCCCAACUUUUAUCAUCUUGGAGUUAAUAUUGUUUCGAAGAGGAUGAAUUUUAUUUAGUGGGAAAGAGCAUUACAUGGCAUGGUUUUGUGGGAAGGGUUUGGUUAUUAGGAAGCCGAGCUGGUUGCUUUAUUAGUGUGGGAAAACCCAUUAUUCACAGAGAGCGAAUAAUACUUAACUGAAUUUUUUGUACAGCAGGCCAGUGAAAAAUCAUCCUUGCCCUUUCAGCUCUUUGUGACAUGUAAGUAUACUCUUUCAUUAAUUAUUAUUAGAUAGAUAGAUAGAUAGACAGACGAUGACAAAAUGUUAAUAGGUAGUUUUUGGGUGUAUCUAUUGCAACCCUAGUGGAUGUGCAGACUCGGUAGGAAUAUUAAUGUGUGAUACUGGUGUUGAAUGAAAAUUAGGUUGUUUUGGAUUGUUCAUUUU